AUGGCCUUCACAAUGCAUUCCCACUCGGGACAGUUCUGCCCCGGGCACGCCAAAGACCAGCUUGAGGAUGUCAUACAGCACGCCAUUAGCAUCGGCUACAAGACACUGGCCCUGACAGAGCACAUGCCUCGCACCGGCCUCGAGGACCUGUACCCAGAGGAACUCGACGACCCCGAGGGCUCACUCGCAGCCCUCAUGCCCCGCCACGAGGCUUACCUAAUCGAGGCCCAGCGCCUGCGGGCAAAGUACGCCGACCAGGUCCACAUCCUCAUCGGCUUCGAGGGCGAGUUCAUCCGCCCGGAGGUGUACGGACCCCUGGUCCGUGAGCUGGCCUCCCACCCGGCCAUCGACUACUUCAUGGGCUCGCUGCACCACACCUGCGGCGUGCCUAUCGACUUCGACAAGGACUACUACGGGAAGGCGAGGGACGCCGCCGGCGGGACCGAGGAGCUCCUGUACGCGAGGUACUAUGACGAGCAGCACGCCAUGCUCACGGCGUUGGAGCCGAGGGUUGUGGGGCACUUCGACCUGAUCCGCCUGCUGAGCGAGGAGCCCGGGCGGGACCUGCGGACGGCUUGGGCUGACAAGGCGCCGGGGUCCGAGGGUACCGUGUGGGACAAGGUGGUGCGAAACCUCCGGGUGGUCAGGAGCUACGGCGGCUGGCUGGAGUGCAACAGCAGCGCCCUGCGCAAGGGCCUGGCCGAGCCGUACCCCGCGAGGCCAAUCGCCGAGGAGUGGCUCAAGAUGGGAGGCAAGUUCACCAUGUCAGACGACAGCCACGGCAUCGCACAGGUCGCCACAAACUACUUGCGGGCGCUGGAUUACCUCGAGUCCCUGGGAGUGACCGAGGUGUGGACCCUGGAGAAGCAGCCACACUCGGAAACCCAGGACGGGAAGAAAGCGACGCUGAAGGAGAAGAGCGUCACGCUCACCGAAUUCCGCCAGUGCCUGCUCAGCAAGAUGAACUAG